UAAAAUUGAUGACUUCCGAGAGACAGUGAGGGUGUUUUAUUUUUUCUAGCUUUGUGCUUUUACAAGUCAUCGAGGUUAAAGUAUUUCAGCUAUUUUAAACAAAGUAAAUAUAGGAGGUAUAUUUAUGAGUUUUGACAAGUGUUUGUUUUUUAUUUUUGAAACCAGCUUUUCCUAUUUUCCCAUCCGUGCCUACUUUUUUUAACUUCGUAUGCGUCAUAGUGAUAUCCGUCUUCCGGUGAAAGAGAAAACAACGAAUGAGAAAAACUUCAAAAUAUUCUUCAAAAUUGAAGAGAAAUUGAGGAUUUAUGGGCUGAAAUUGAACUGGAAUAGUUCAUUAAAAUGUGGUAUCAUUCGCUAAAAACACGACAAAGUGUGAAGCGAAUCAAUGCAAGAAAUAGCGGAGGUGUUGCUGUUGCCUUGGAAUAUGUUGAUAAGAAAAUUGAGGUUCAUCAUUUAACGAGAGAAGCAAGUCCAAUGAUAUUUGAUGAAGGAACUGGUGUGAUUUUUGUUGCCCCUCGAGAUGGUUGCUUGGUGAUGGUUGCUGUCAAUAUUUCAUCCAAAGGGAAAUUUACUUAUGAAUUCCGAGUUUGGGAACUCACAAGUGGAACAGCUUUUGUUCAGCGAGAUAUCACAGUGAAGGAUACUCAGGGUUCAUUUACCAAUGAUGGAAAAUCAAAAGCAUUGUUGACUCUGCCAGAAGUAAGUCAGCAUUCAAAUCAGCUGAGAAUGGAUGGUCUUCAAGAUCUAAUGGCCAUUGCUUUGGGUGUCAGUGUCAUUUAUAUGUACAAAUGCGCCAAGAUAGACAAUGCUUCAAUCAACUGUGAAGUUGUCAUGCAAGUCAAUUCUUCUAUGUCUGCCUUGGAUGUUCUGCUUUUAAAACCACAAAAAGAAAAUUUUCCACAGUUGCUAGUAUGUGAAAGUGGGGGUAUUCGUGUAUGGCAGGAGACCACGGAAAUAAGGGAGUCUGAAGAAGUCGCAUCAUUUAAAGACACUUUCUACUCUGUCCAACCGUUUGAUGCUGGAACAAGCUUGGUAACUUGUCAGGACUUUCAACGCAUUCAUAAUGGUGCUUGCAUAUUUGCUAAUAAUAUUGGAAAUUUAUAUUUAUUUUCUUCGUCACGAGUUGUGAAUCUAAGGCUCCCUGUAUCUCAUGGUGGUCAUGGAUUAUUUGCUGUUGAAAAUGUGGAUGAAAAAUGCAGUAAAGUUACCCUGGCUGUUGUAUCGAAGGGUCACACAGUGAAUCUCUAUCAGUUAGAAGACAUUCACAGCUUGUCGGAUUCUUGUGAGGAUCUUGUCUUAGUUCCUCACCAUGCACUGUUUUCAACUCAGUCGCUCGGAGCAAUGUCCUUCCUGAACAAAGCGUCUCUGAUAGCUUGUUCAUCAUCUGGACGAACACUCUCCAUGUGGGUUGGGGUGUAGAGGAAGAGGAAUCUGGCACUUGCCACAGAUAGACCCCCGCCUGGCCCCCCACACACAACAUAAACUAAAUCCAGGGGGUGCUGGAGAAUGCU